GGAAACGCGCGCUGCCGGCAACGGAAGCCGACAAGGCACUUCCACUACAUACUUCCUGAUCCGAAGCUAAUGUGCAUUUCAAGUAAAAUGUACGCUUGUUGCGUGCUGGGUUGUCCAAAUAGCCAUUCUUCCGGUGGCAAACUGAAAUUCUUCAGAUUGCCAACGGAAUACCGACCGUUUCAGGCCAACCGGCGGCGUUUGUGGCUCAAAGUGCUCCGACAAGUGAAUGGCAGCGCGGAGGAGCUCAAAGAAAAUGCUCGCGUUUGUGGCGCUCAUUUCAUAUCAGGACAAGCGUCCAUGGAUCAAGACAAUCCUGACUUUGUGCCUUCAGUGUUUGCAAACGUGAAGAGCAGCCCGCGCCCCAAGUACCAAAGCAGAAGGAUUGUCAGAGGAAGCAGAAAAUGCCAGUGGCCUCACAGUAAAAACAUAGACACCAAAGAGGAGUUCAAGGAAGCACCGACCAAAGAUGAGGAGCCUGCGGUUCAGCAGCCGUCGAUGGAAAUGACUCAAAGCCAAGCUUCACAAGAGGCCCAGACCACAACAUGCGCAAAGACAGAAGACACAUCGACCAAGGAGACCACGAGUGACACCGAAAUGAAAGAAACCCCCUCCGCCUCUUUUGAGAAAACUCCACCUCCCUUCUUGAAACUGGGAAAAACCAGCCCUGUGGUGCUUCUCAAGCACAUCGUCGCUCCAUCGGGCGCUUAUCUGUGUGAGCUGUGCAGUGAAAACUUCUCCACUGUUGCGCAGUUGGUCAAACAUAAACUUCAGCACGAAGGACAGAGGUCUCCUUCCGCCGGCGACACUCAAGAGAAGAUCCCCGCCGGAGUCUUGACGGAGCGUGACGAGCCUACCUUUCCGUGCAACAUUUGCGAUCGAGUGUUCGGCGACCGCCACCACUUAAAGCGCCACAAACUGCUCCAUGUCAGAGACGUCAGGAAGUGUCAGACGUGCGGCGUGCUGUUCUGUCAGCUUCACAGACGCGCACUCUUGGUGGCUCAGCCGGUCAUCGCGAGCGAGUGCGACGACGUUCUUCCCGUCACCGAGUCGGAUUAUGAACUUGAACCGGGUGAGGUUGUGGAACAGCUCGAAGACUUCCACACCUCCUGGGCUUUCAUCCCCAUGCUAAGAGACUCAGUUGAUCAAAAUUGCGAACCCCAAGCGUCAGCCUCUGGCACGGAACAGCAACUUUUACCUGAGAUGGCCCCCCCUCCUUCUGUUCCCAUUCGUCGCGAAGCCAAACGCUCCGACGUCGCAGCUCCCGAGCCACAAAAAGUUGAGAAAUCUGAAGUUGUCAUGCAUGCUCCGCCAAAGUUGCCCCCAGCACUAAGGAUGUUUUCGCCACAGUGCCUCACCUCAGCAUUUUUCGAGGUUCAAAGAAACUACGAGUAUAUUUUGAGCAAGGGAAACGAUGUCUCGAAUGAGAUUGAUGUUAAAAAGGAGCCACCGGAGACGUUCUCGGAUUCCGCUUCAGACGUGUCAAAUGAGGAGCCAAAUGAGGAACCAGAAGUAAAGGAACCAACUGCCUAUGACCUGCAGAUUGUUCUCUAACCAAAAUUUAACUAAAUUUACUGGACUGUUCCGGAGAAACGUCAACAAUACACAACAAGUAUAUUUUAAUGCUGCUACUUUAAAUUGAUGUGACUGACCGCUCAUAAUUCUGGUUCGUCAUCUGGCAUUGACACAAACUGAAUCUUAAUCUGAAAGAUUCUGCCUUUUAUGUUUGGACAAAGGCUGUAUUCCCCCUUGGUAAUGGCAAGUAUUACCCAGUUCUAAUAAAUAAUUGGAAAUAAAAUUAGUUUUUACUUCUUUUUCCUCUUUUCAA